AUGUCUCGUUGCUUCCCAUUUCCACCUCCAGGAUAUGAGAAGAAGACUAGAACUGUUGAAACAGACUCUCUGAUAAAGGAAAAGCAGAAGGAGAAGAAGCACAAGAAUGAUAGAGUUAAGACAGAAGGAAAAGAGAAAAGGGAUAAAGAAACAAGCAGAGAUAAACAUAAGGAACGGAAGGAGAAAAAAGAUAGGAAAGACAAAGAUCGAGAUAAAGAAAAAAGGAGAGCUGCGGAGGAAGAAAAAGCUGUUGUUGCUCUGCCAAACACAGGGGAUGAUAAGUUUGUACAAGACUUGGUUAGAAGGAUUAACUAUGAAGAAGACGCUACAGAAAGUCAAUGUGCAAAAAGGUCUGAAGAUGAGGUUCUUCGCUUACCAUCGUGCACGGUUCAAAAAGAAGCUGAGGUUAUGUUUAAACCAGUGGAGAUAAAAGAUCAUGCAAAGAAAAAUGAAAGACGAGAGGAGAAUCAGCGUGGGGAAACCAAGACAAAGAGUGAUAAGCAAAAGAAUGAAGAUAUAAAGAACAGUGAACCACAGAACAGAGCAGAUAUCAGCAGUAAGGAGAAAACAGAGGUGAUUAACAGAACUGGUCAAGAGAAACCAAAAUUUGUAGAGGGAGGGCCAAGAUUGAAAGAGGGAGAGCACGACACUGUAGAUACUAGGAAUUUUCGAGUGAAAGAACUUUCAAGGGCAAGCGUCAAGAACCUUACCACUGAGAGAAUUAUUGGCAAGCGAAAAGAUCUUGAGACAAAUGGGUCCUUAUAUGAGAAUGGAUCUAAGCCAAACAAGGUACAGAGGCCAGUGGCUUCUCCUAUAUCAUCCGUGGAAAAUGGAAGGAAGGUGGGAGUGUGUAAUCAAGUGGUGAAGGAGCAUAGAGUCGACGGUUUCAUUGAUUCUCAAGAACCUAAAAGCCGUCCACCAGUUUCUUCGGUGAAAGGGAAGGAAAACGGUGAAGCAUCAGCAAAGAAGCGGCCUCAUUCCGACUUAAAGUAUUUGGAUCAGAUAUUGGAUGUACCGAAAAGAGAGGAGUUGCAAGAGGUUGAUGAUGAUGAAAAAGAAUGGUUAUUUGGUCAGUCGGGUGUGAAAUUAUUAAAGAAGCAAAGAGCAGAUUCUUCUACUUCGUUGGAUGAGACUCUGCAAGUUUGGAACAAGGCUCUUAGAAUAGAAUCUGCUGAUAUCGUAGCUCUUCCUUACGUUGUCCCUUUCUAG